GCCUGCUCCUCGCCCUCCGCGCCCCCGGGGGCCGCCUCUCCGGCUGCCGCUGCCGCCUCCCCGCCCGCCUCUCCUGCUCCCGCCUCCUCCCCUGGCUUCUACCGGGGCGCGUACCCGGCCCCCUCGGACUUCGGCGUGCACUGCAGCAGCCAGACCACCGUGCUGGACCUGGACACUCACGUGGUGACCACGGUGGAGAACGGCUAUUUGCACCAGGACUGCUGCGCCUCCGCCCACUGCCCCUGCUGUGGCCAGGGCGCCCCGGGACCCGGCCUGGCGCCCGCCGCGGGCUGCAAACGCAAGUAUUACCCCGGCCCGGAGGAAGAGGACGACGACGACGAGGCGGACGCGGGCGACCUAGGGGCCGAGCCCCCCGGGGGCGCCCCGUUCGCCCCCUGCAAACGCGCUCGCUUCGAGGACUUCUGCCCGGACUCGUCCCCGGACGCGUCCAACAUCUCAAACUUGAUCUCCAUCUUUGGCUCGGGCUUCUCCGGGCUGGUGAGCCGACAGCCGGACUCCGCCGAGCAGCCGCCGCCGCUCAACGGGCAGCUGUGCGCCAAGCAGGCGCUCGCCAGCCUCGGCGCCUGGACUCGAGCCAUUGUCGCCUUCUAGGGACCCCCGAGGGCACAGGGACUUGGGGCCCCCGCGGGGCUGGGGCCAGACAAAGACUCAGCCAAGGGGCUGGAGGAGAGAGAGGGGACGGGCGCCAGGCCACUCGGGGGGCUGCGCCCGGGCGAGCAGAGGGAGCAGGAGAAGGCUGAUGUUUUAUAAAAUUGUAAAAUAAAAAAAAAGAAAUCU